CUGACAUCCUUGGAGCAGAGCAGGAGAGACUUGACAUGUCAACAAAUCAGAUAAAUUAUCGGCACACAGGCAUGUAAGGGUGUGCCAGUGGUGUGAAAUAGCCUGACAGGUAACUUCACCUGCCCCUGAACCUCCAUCCUCCAUCAUCUUCACCUGCUGUCUCCAUGACAACCCCUCCUCUGGUACCGCCUUUUGGCGGGCAGCCGCCUUCCCAACAGCAGCAACAGCAGCAGGCGCAGGCGGCACGCGAUGUCAACACGGCCUCGCUGUGCCGCAUCGGCCAGGAGACGGUCCAAGACAUUGUCCUCAGGACCAUGGAGAUCUUCCAGCUCCUCAGGAACAUGCAGCUGCCUAAUGGAGUCACUUACCAUCCGAACACCCACCAGGACCGGCUGGGAAAACUCCAAGAGCACCUACGAAUGCUUUCCGUGCUGUUCCGCAAGCUGCGCCUCGUCUACGACAAAUGCAAUGAAAACUGUGCUGGGCUGGACCCCAUAUUACCAGAGCAACUGAUACCUUUUGUGGAGGAUGACAGCUCCAAACACGAGGAUCGCUCAGCCGGCCAGAGCCGCCCUGCCUCCGAGGAGAGGAGAGAAAUCCUGGAGGUCAACAAGAAACUGAAGCAGAAGAAUCAGCAGCUGAAGCAGAUCAUGGACCAACUCCGCAACCUCAUCUGGGAGAUCAACUCCAUGCUGGCCGUCAGGAGCUGAACCACAGUCACUCAAACAUAUAUAUAAAACACACACACACACACACACACACACACACACACACACACACACACACACACACACACACACACACACACACACACACACACACACACACACACAUUCACUACACAUAAUGGACAGGAAGGUAUGGUCGUUAACUGGAACGUGUGUGACAGGGUACCUCAGACUGUUUGAGGCUGCACUUUACAGAAGAAAUGGGGGCUUUGGCAAUAUCAACUCAUUUCCUGAAGAAGAAAGAAGAAGGAGAUGGUGUAGUGAAACGACAGAAGAAUAAAAGGAGAGUGGACAAAUGAAGAUAGUAAGGGCUCGACACCGCAGAGAGGUGAGCAGCCCACUGAAGAACAGGGACGGGAGGGGUGCAGGUGACAUCAUUGCGGGCGAUGGCAGAGAAUAGUCUGUCUACCUCGAUAAUCUACAUUUCAAUCAGCAUUAAGACUUUUAAAUUCAUCUGAAGAAUUGAUAUAUUGUUUUAUCUAUUUGUAGGUACUAGCCUCGGUUUAGGGUUUAGGCCUGUAGAAACUCAUUGAUAUAUUCUAUUUAAUCCUCAUAUUCCGUACAUCUGUUACUAUUUCAUAGUAUUAGAGUUGUCUGAAGUCCAAAAUGUAUGCUUCCUCUGAACUUUAAUAAGAAAGACAUACACUGUGGCCAAAUCCGGAGUCUUAUUUCUAUUAUAUUGCUUCUGCUUUUUCUUUUUUUUAUUGGUUUUAUUUUUAAUGUAAAUUCAUCAAUACUCUCUGCUAUGAUUGGACUUGACAUGUCAUUACGAUGCCUUGUUAAAGAUUCUGCUGAUCUACGGUAUAAAUCUUACUGUGAUUUCUUAAAAAGAACAAAAAAGUCAA